AUGCCUACUUAAAUGGAAUUGGAGUACUAGAGAAACAGUUACUAAAGAAUGAACAGGGAAAGUUUCAUAGCUACUAACACAAUUGCUAUCAUCACCCACUCCAUUACUCAACCACUUGACAUGGAGAUCUACUUAGCAGGUAGUGGAGUUAAAACCAUCUCAUCAUUUGAACUUUCAUAGUAAGAACAUUAGCCUAAACAACCACAAGACUUUCCUUCUUCUCAUAUUUCUAUGGCAAACCAAUAAAGACCCAGAAGAAUCGCUAAACCUGAUUAUAUGGUAUUUGCAGGACUUGCUGGAGGCUUUGUUGCUGAUGUUGUUACCAACCCAAUCAACAUUGUUUUCAACAGAAUGCAAAUUGAUGAACUAUUUCCUUUUGCUGCCAGAAUAAACUAUGCCAAUCUCUUAGAUUGUCAACAUGUAGCUAAAGAAAGAGCUUUCGCAUCUAUGACUAGAAUUUUUGAUUGGUGCAAAGAAAAAUUUUACCACUUCUUAGGUCCUCACUGGAUUAACAAACUCUGGGGUACUGCAAUUGCUGAUUCUUUGGGAACUCAGGUCAGUGUUCCUUUAGAUAUGGUCAGAACUAGAGUUCAUACAAUGAAAAAGUUACCUAGCAGCUUGAUGCCUUAAUAUGGUAGUUCAAGCUUAGUGUGCUAUGUUUCUCUAUUCUUGAUUGACUUUUAUGAUGCUGACCACUUCGAUCAAGAAUUUAGGAAGCUUGCAAGAUUCCAAUAUCAAGCUGACUAAUAUAAUCACUUAAGAAAAAUUAUUGUAAAAGUUGAAAUAUGA